CUUAUCUGGGCCUUUUAAAGAAGGAGAGGGCAUUGGAACAAGUGAAUGAAGUAUACAUCCUGCCAUGCUUCUUGAUGGAGAAGUGGAGGCGAAGAGACUAAAACAACUACCUCUAUACCAAGGUGAAGUUCUCUUCCUAUAGGUAUAUCCUUAUGCCUAUAUGUGAGAACCACCACUGGACUCUCCUUGUGGCGGAUGUCAAGAGAAAAACCAUUUCCAUCCUGGAUUCUCUUGGACAUCAGAACACAGAUGUUGAAAAUUUAUGGAGGAAGUACAUGUUCACACGGGAAAGAUAUGCCCCAGAGGAUCUGCUGUCAUGGAAGCCAGUUCAGGAGAGGGUUCAACAGCAGAGAGAUGGCCAUAGUUGUGGUGUCUUUAUUCUUAUGUUUGCAGAAGCCCUACUCAAUGGUAUUCCACCCGCCCUGAUGAUGCAGGCACAUGCAAGGAAGUUCCGAGGCUAUGUGAAGGAACGGCUGCUGUCCAAUGCUUCAGAUGUAAAAGGAGACACGUGUGCCAUGCCCUUCUGCUUCAAGCCAACGAACGAUGUUUGGGUGCAGUGUAGAGACUGUUUGCUUUGGUCCCAUUCCAAGUGUUCCGGGAUGAAGCGCCAGAAAAAGGAUCAGUUGUGUUCGUUGUGUAUGUGGAGGGAGGAGGCAGAAGCUGGGUGCCACUGACGCAGUGAUAAUCAGUGACAUACAGUGAUGACAUAUAUGGACAGUGUUUUAUAGUAUAAGAUUAUUUAUUUAUUUAUUUAUUUAUUUAAUAUUUAUGUUAAGUUUUCUCAGGUAGAAAGAGUGUUUUAAAUUCACUGCAAUUGU